AUGGAAUUUGCUUGGACUCUGAUAUUUUUAGGUGGUGUUGCCUUAUCAGUUGAUGCAGUUUAUCAAGAUGUUCAAUAUAGGAAAGAAAGGAAAUUAGAAUUAAAUAAAAGAUUUUAUCCAUUAGAUUUUAAUAAAGCAGAUGCAUAUCAUAUAAUGAAAGAUACACAAGAUUUAAUUAAACUUCAUACUUAUAAUGUUUUCAAUUCAAAUAAUUUAUUAAAAUAUAAAAUUUCUAAAAAAAUUAGUCCAAAAACAAGGAAAUCGAUGAAAGAAGAAUGGAUAAUUACAGAUGUUAGAGAUCAAUCUGAAUUGGCAAUUAUUUGUAUUGGUUCACCAUUUCAUAAACAUUUUGUUCAAUUCCCAAUGAUUAAUAAAUAUAGAGAUCAUCAAUCACUGGAACUAUCAAGUUCAACUUCACAUGAACAAGCUGAACUUCAAGCUGCAACUAGUCCAAUAGUAUCAAAUAUACAAAACUUCCAACAUAUUCCAACUGCAAUUUCAUCAUCAGGUACUACAAGAUUAGAUACAAUUAAUGUUACACCAUAUAUUGAUUCAAGUCUUGUACAAAAUAGAUCAAUUACACAAAAUGAAUUAGGUUCGUUAGAAAUUAUAACAAAUAAUGAUGAUUUACAUAAAUAUGAAGUUCAAAAAUUAUCAAAAAUUUUCUUAAGAAUUACUAAAAGAUUUAAAUCAUCAAAUUUUAAAAUUUCUAAAAAUUCAAUGAUUUAUUCAUGGAAAUCAAAUGGAUAUUUAGAAAAACAAAGUAAAAAUUUAUUAGAUUCAUCAUCAGAAAGGAUUGGUAUGAUUAGAUUUAAUAAUAAAAGAGGAGAUGAUUAUUGGAUUUAUAUUAAUGAUGAACGAAUUGAUCCAUUAAUUUCAAUUACAACUGCAUUUUUACAUCAAAAAUUAUCAUUAUGGGAUUAUAAAAAAUUAACAAUUAUUUAA